GAAAUCCAAGCAGAACAGCCAAACAACAGAUUUCUUAUGUAAGCGAUACUGUUAAUAAAGCAACGAAGUCACGCAAAGUUCCAUUUGUUCCAAAUUGAAUUGUUAAGAGGCAACCAAUAUUUGAAGCAAAGAUUUGCAUAACAAAAGCUGUGCAAUGAACGAUAACAUUUCGGCUGCGCCAGUAAUUUUUGACUAAGACUUAUCUAAAAGGCGUUGUCCUCCUUACAUUUGGUGUCAUUUCACAAUUAAUAUCUGCUCCGUAGCUCGGCCCAAAUCACUGCUACGUUACUGCAAUGGAUGAUACUGUUGAGCUGACAUACAAGAAGAGAAAAAAGCAGCGAAGGAUUCGCUGUAUCGGUGCAAUUGUCGUUGUUAUUCUUGUAUUUAUCAUUGGGUUCUUGAUCGGAUACUUUGCAAAGAAAACUAAAAGAGAAGACCGUGAAAAGGAGCGGCCAAAUGGGCACGAUAAGAAAGCCGAAAUGCAAAAAAAGCACAAGGAUAUGAUGCGCUUUCAUGAGAUGUUCCAAUCGACUGUCAAAGCAGAAGCCCUCGAAGGGAACCUCAAGUAAGUCAAUCGGUUUCAAAUACGCUUCCAUUAAAUUUUAUUAUGCAAGUAGCUCCGGCUGCUUCCGAGUCGUUCUGAGUGUUUCAGUUUAAUCAAAUUUACAAAGGAUGUAAUCUAGUGAAUAAAUCAAUCUAUGGUAGUUUGCCAAAGCUCACUAGAGUAGUAAUUUCUUAACCUCAACUAAAUAUAUUGUCGCUGCCUGAUUAGAUAACGCAAGAAUUAUGGAAAUUUUUCCCUGGGAUCUUCUGUUUAUUAUGUCUUUGCAUGGUAAGUACAUAAGCGUAAUUCAAAGCCCUUAUUGAAAAUUAAUCCCUUUCGUGAUCCAUGAGAUAUUUGUAGAGUAUCGCAUGGGAUGCAAAGAUAAUUGAAAGCGCAGAUUUUAUGGAUUUUAUGGACUAUAAAUAGCCAAUAAGCACUGAUUUUUAAUUGGAAGCAUCUUUGUCGCCACGUGGACCAACAGCGUGGGAGUAGACGCUCAAGAAGGACUUUUUCCUCGCGUAUGAUGUCUUUCGCACCGCUCCGAUCGUCUCACCUUAAGAAAAAGUGAUUAUCUACAUGCUUGCCCGGCGAUUCAGUUCAAAAAGGAGAAGGGCGUGCGAGAGGGACUUAAAAAAUUUUGUACAGCUAUUAACGAAGGUGGAUACUCGGUACUGGAGACUUAGCUUCAGAGUCGCGCACGCAACUCAAAAUACAGUAAUGCUGCACGUGUAUGACUCUGUGAUUAGUAAAACAUCGUUAUCGUUCAUGAUCAGGAAGGAAUAAUUAAUUUUAUGACAUUAAGAUUAUAUUUCAUCGUGCAGUCUGAUCUUCCGGGGGAGAGUAGUCCUAGGAAAGGCCUAAUAUCAGUAUUAAUGACUGACAUCAUCAGAGUCAAGUGAAGAGUUGUUUUCAAUCGAGUGUUAAAAGUACGGUUCUGACUGACCAAUCACGACCGACUCACACCACUCGAGUCUUACAGCUAAUAAGGUCACGGCUAAACAGAUCAAUCAGUUAACACGAACCGGACUUAUAACAAUUGACUGACAACAGCACUUCAUUUGACUUUGAUGAUGACUUCCGCUCAGGUUGUUGAAACGUCGAUUGCUACAACUAACAACAGCCCUUGCCAGAUCGUCGAUCAAAUGUUACUCCCGGAUUCAAAUUAUUUACUGUAUAAAGAUUGAAAAAGGUUAGCAAUGAACAAAUUUCAAGUAAAUACAAUUAUUAUCAUAGGUGAGUGCGGAGGGGAGGGAAGGUGAAAUAAAGUUUCCAUGCUUCAAGCGGGUUGAUAUAAAGAGAUUAUCGAAUUUACACAGAAAAGUUCUGCCUUCGUUUCUACAGGUAUUUCUCUGAAAAACCCCAUAUCGCGGGCUCACCACGCCAGAAAGAACUUGCCAACGAACUUGAAAGGCGUUUUAAGGAAUAUGGAUUUGAUAAAGUUGAAAAGCCAGAGUAUCAAGCACUGUUGUCUAAACCAGACUUAAUCAAGAAAACGAGGAUUACUAUCAAAUACAAGAACGGUACUGUCAUUUACCAAGUCAAGGGAGAAGAACAGGUACGAAUCAUAUGGGCUUACAUAAGGUCUACAUUUGGGGCUGCGGAUGAACUUAUUUGCAGGAAGCGCUAAGAAGUUUAAAAAUCGUGCGCGUAAUCUUUGAAAACUUAACUAACCACAAGGCAUUUCUAGUAGCUCUUUAGUAGUUUGAUUUGCAGUUAAAAGACUAGAUGUUCCUAUUACCUUCAUCGAUUACAGAACGCCUAUUAUCUGCGAGACAGCUUUCUAAGUAUCUCAAUGUUGGAACAAUAUCUCUGUGUGUAAUGUUAUAGGUGUAUAAAGGAAGACAGAUAAAAACUUCAAAUCACAAAUUCGAGAGUAGACGAAUCAUUCUCGAACUCCACGCACUAAAGCUGAGAGAAAGAAUCACUCAUAGUUGCCCUUAUCGUUAAGUUAUACCCUCCUAUGUUAUGUAGGAGUGUGUAUCGGUAACUAGUCCAGUGUGAAACAUCUUGCUCAUGUGGACAGUCCCAAUCUUGCUUACACGCACUCGGCGAUAACAAAAGUAACCCAAGCGAGAAAGAAAUCAGACACUCUCUGACCCUUGCACAUGACGUGUCGCUCGCGCGUACUGAUCUUGAUUAUGCACACGCAUGGGGCUACCGGAGUGUUGUGUUAGCGUAACAUUCAAGGAACACGCGGGGUGCACGCGAAAUAUUUUUCCCCCAGGAGACCAGGAAGUCGGACUCUAAAAAUGUCUUCCAUAACAAUUGAAAAAGGGCCGGAGGAGAAGAGCUCGGAUCAACUGUUUCGGCUCAACCUCCUCAUCUCUGAAUUACUGGCAUUCAGAAAAAAGCUUCGGGAAACAAGUUAUUAUUUUUUUUUUUUUACAUUUUAGGAGGGAGGAUCACAACCUGGAGUCGUUCAGCCCUUCCUUGGUUACAGUCCGAGCGGGCAUGUCAAGGGUGAACUUGUGUACGUAAAUUAUGGUCGGGUUGACGACUUCAAGCAGCUCAAAAAACUCGGCGUCAAUGUGACCGGAAAAAUUGCCAUCAUGAGAUAUGGGAAAAUAUACCGGGGAAAUAAGGUAACUCCAGAACUGCCAAAGAUUCUAGUACAUGCGCGUGGAGUGUACCAUGGGGUUUUAUUUGACAUUUAAGCUUCAACGUGGAAAGCACCACAGGCCUCUCUCUGGGUUAUUCAGUUUGAGGCGUCAAAAUGAACCCUCUUAGCUCGGACUGAACUCAGGAAUUACACCCGUGGUAACUUGUUCCUCUGUUAAAACUUUUGGAACUAUAACGUGUUAGCUCAAGUUGUAUUGUCGCAGCUAUUGGUGCUUCUUUUUAACACUUUUUGUUGAGGAAAAACGAAACAAAAAAAAAAACGAACUAAUUUUUCUUUUCAGAUUGCUAAUGCGCAUAGCUACGGUGCAAUAGGAGCCAUCCUCUACUCGGAUCCAGCGGAUUACGCCAUGGAGGGUGGAGAGGAGGAGAAUACAUACCCUAACAAGGCGUGGCUUCCUGCCAGUGGGGUGCAGCGGGGAUCCCUGUAUACAAUGCCUGGGAGUGGAGACCCCCAAACCCCUGGUAUAGCAGCACUUACAGGGAUGUACCGAAGGCCGCGCAAUGAAAGUGAGCUUCCUCCAAUCCCGGCGCAUCCUAUGGGAUACGGAGAUGCCAUUAAUUUUUUGCAAGAAAUGUCAGGUAAUCGAUUAGGAAAAAAAUAUGUGAAAUUUCCAAACAUCAAUCAUGCUCACGCACUUUCGAGUGCAUGCGUAUUGGUUUUCAACCGAGUUCUAACCCAUGUCCUUAAGUACACUUCAAGUCAUGCAAUUGCGCUUCUGUGCAAUUUUAGUGAAACUCAAUCCAAUCGUAGUUACUUCUUUAGUCCUUCCUGAACGAUUUUCCUCUUUUAUAUUUUGUCAAAAAGGAUAUUUUGAGAACUUGCCGGGAGCGUUACUCAAGACUGGAAAAUCUUUCUAAAGACUAAGAGCAGGUUAUCAAAAAAAGGUUCAUCCCUUAUUCAACCAAACCGCACUCUAAACAAUCUUAAAUCAAGCAUGAAUAUCACCAAAACGGUGAUCUUUUUCGCCAAACUGUCAAUAGGGCUUCUAAUUAACACUGAAGCAGAAGUCUAGUUACUUCAAAACCCCACCUUUGAGGAACAUUGGAAAACCAUUGAUCGUCAAAAACCGCGGCUCAAAUUGGACCUAGUUUCAACAAUCGGCUCUAAUAGUCUAGAAAGACCUUGCACUAUAUACCCCUUAAAGCAUCUAUAUCAGAUUCAAGGCAUAAUCUCUUGUGCUUUUUUGACGUUUUUAGGAUCAGUGGUGCCUGAAGACUGGAAAGGAACCCUUGGUAUCACUUAUCAUCUUGGACCAGAGUUCAACAGGGGCGAAGUCGAAGUUGAAUUGAACGUCAGUAACAACCUGGAAGAAGUGCCCAUUUAUAAUGUAAUAGGAACGAUCUACGGGAAGGAGGAACCGGACAGGUACGUGCUCAUUGGUAAUCACAGAGAUGCCUGGGUGCACGGAGCAAUUGACGCUUCUACCGGGACCUCUGUGACCGCUGAGAUCGGCCGUGUGCUUGGAGAAUUGUUAAAAACAGGAUGGAGGCCACGUCGAACAAUCAAGGUGAGACAAUUAGAAACAUAUUCUCAUGGAGUAAUUUUCAAUCGAAUAUCGAAAGUAAUAUGGAAUUACCUUAGUUUUGCUUUACAUCGCUCUGUGAUUGGAGUAGAAAACUUACACCAUUCUUUAAACCAAUCAGACGCAAAAGUAACAUCAAUCGUGUUUCCCAUCGUAACUAGGUCACCCGCGUUUUCCCGGGCUUUUGACGAAUUCCAGAUUUUAACUUGAGCUCUCAUAGGCGGGUGGGGUCUUAAUCUUUGUUCAGAUUUGCCUGUAUGACCAUUCUUGUUUUGUUAUGUCGACAGCCGAUUAAAACCAAUCCUGAAAGAAGAAAAGUGUUUGAGACAUUUGUUCCAAGCGUUCGAUGAAAAAAUCUUGAGCUUCGCAAAAUUGUAUUAAUUAUUAAGACUGUGGGGGAGAUGUCGCAUUGUUUAUAUAUUUGGUCGAUAGCCAAGCCGGUACCAAAGCUUUACCCUAAAAAACUAAAUUAAAUUUCUGUUCAAAUCAACAGAUCUGCAGCUGGGGAGGAGAAGAAUACAGUCUCAUUGGAUCAACGGAAUGGGUUGAGCAGCACCAGAAAGAGCUUGGUGAGCGAGCCGUGGUCUACCUUAACACCGACACAAUUGUGUCUGGCAGUUACGUCCUGAUAGCCUCCGGUAGUCCGUUAGUCAAGAACACCAUCGUGGAUUUCAGCAAGAAGGUGGACGAUCCCAACGCACACGAUGACAAAAAAACCGUGUUCGAUAUUUCACUCGAACGCAACCCGUCUAAAAACAAUCCAGGGAAACCGGCUGUUGGCAAUUUGGGUUCUGGUAGUGAUUUUGCCUCAUUCUAUCAGUACGCAGGCGUCCCUUCAGCAGAUUUUUACUACAUUUUUGGCUACAAAAACGAAACGGUGUUCUACCCGGUCUACCACUCACAGCACGAUACGUUUAAUUGGACUGUAAAGUUCGUGGAUCCAAAAUUCUUGUUCCAUAAGGCUAUGACCCAACUUACUGGCGGACUACUGUUACAAUUCGCAGAUGCACCGCUUCUGAAGAUGGAUGUGAUAACGUAUGCGGAAGCUCUGAAUAGUUCUUUGAAUUCCCUAAUUUCAGCAUACCCGGAGGAGCUGAAAGACUACGCUGGAUCGAUGAACUACUUAAGAAUGGCAGUUGAAAAGUUCUACGACACUGCGAAGACCUUUUCGACAGCCAGGUAUUCUUAUAUAUGAGCGUUGCACACAAUCAUAAUGUUUUAGAUCAGUUCAGUUUUAAAGCAUCUUUCAAAUGAGCGUUGAAGAAAAAAAAACAAAGUGAUCUCAGCGCCCAACACCGACGAUUCGCUUCAUCAUUAGCCAAUGAGAAUUCAAAGUAAAACCAGGCAAACUGUAAAACGAGGAUGACCAAAUCGCGAUUGGUUCUAGUUCUGCGUCUGAUUGGUUGAGAGGAUGGCGGGAGUUUUCUGGACCAAUCACAAAGCAUCAAUGUGUUUAUUCACAAUUCUGUUCUCCAGACACUCUCGGGAUACUAACAAGGAGCAUUUGUUUAAAAAUCAAUAGCUUCUCUCAUUGGUAAUCAUUUCCUUUGCUCUCGUGAUCUUAAUGUUUGAUUCAGGGGUGGCACCAUAGGGAAGAAAUUAGAAGCUAGCCUCUCAUAAGGGUCAAGGGUUAAAGUAUCGUAACCUAUUACAUUAGCACGGAAAUAAAGUCAACAUUGUCAUUAGCAUCAUCAUCAUCAUCAUCAUCAUCGUCAUUAACAUUAUUAAUGUUAUUUUUAUUAUUAUGAUAAUCAUUGAUUAUUAUUGCUAUUAAUAAUAUUAAGAUUAUCACCAUCAUCAUCACAAUUCAUAGCCAGCCAAUUCCCUAGAUGUUCACAAACAUUCUGAGAAACGAGCUUUCAAAACUUCAACAUAAAAAAUCUUUAUCUCAAACGUUAUACUUUUGUAAACUCAGGGAAAAAGUCGAGGAAAAACUCGAGAAGUACGAGGAGACUAGUUUUGCAGAACUGCGCAGGCUCAAUGACCAAAUGAUCCAGGUAGAGAGAGCUUUCAUCCACCCCUAUGGCCUGCCGGAAAGACGCCUGGUUCGUCACGUGAUCUUUGCUCCCAGCAAGUACAAUUUGUACGGCGCUUCUAAUUUUCCAGGUGUCAGUGAUAUCCUCUUCAAACUCGACGAGACCAAAGAUUAUGCUGGGGUGGAUCGUCAGAUAUCGAUCGCUAGACAAGCCAUACUAGGAGCUGUUGAUAUUUUGACUCUCAUCAAGAGUGGAUAACCUUGCUUUAAUUAGAGUUUUCUAGUUAGACUCAACAUGUUCUCUUUUCCUUUUUCCCUUUGGAGAGGACCCGGAACGUCUCUACCCCAAUCCUCCGCUGACGGGAGAAAUGGACUGUGUUUAUAGAUAGUAUUAGCAUUUCUCUACAAGCAUUGUAUCACAAGUACUGCAAUCUGAUUCACAACACUAUUCGCCAUCUAUUUCGUUGUAGAUGGUGAAUAAAGUGCGUUUUGUUACAUCAGCUUGUUUGUAUCAUUGAAAACGUUUUCUAUUAACACAUAAGCUUUUUUUAGGGACGGGAGAGGUGAGGGAAUGGGGGGACUGGAGAGACUGUUUUGGUACUUUUGAAAAAUAAAUGAAAGGUUAAGGAAAAAAAGUCCGGUACACCAAAGAUUAUCCCACCGAGAUCACGAUUUCGAAACUUUUUGAGGGAGGAUUGUCCAGAUCCCCCGAAAAAUUCACGCCCCAGUGCUUGUGUUCAAGCCCCCCCUCCCUUCCUUCCCCGGCUGAAAUUAGGUUUCACCGUCCCCGGUCUUAUUUUAAAGUUUUGAACGACUAAAUGGAUAGUGAUGUUUCAUUCAGACUUCGCCCUCACCAACUACACAUAAUCCUCUAGAAAUCUCGAGCUAGCAAUCAAAUACUAAUUAUUUGUUUUACAUAUAUUCAGGCGAGAUUUUCAUUAUUUUGGUUAGCGCAGAAUUUUUUGUGCUCCGUGGUUGUUGUAAUAACGUAAUAUAGAGAAUAAAUGUUACCAUUAUUCACUAAUUGAGCCCGCAGUAUGUUUGCAUGUUAAUUUAGUAUUAUCAUCUGAGUUGAUAACAUAAAUUGGCCACCGCAAAGAGAUUGAAUCUGUUCUGAUCGGCUACCUGAGUGGAUCUGGUAAGACGGACCCAUCUUGCCCCUCCGCUUUAAUCCCGUGCAAUAAAAAAAUUGCGUAAUUUCUGACAAUGUGGAAAUCGUAUCGAGAACAGCAUGGAGUAUAGGCAUACUGAUGUUAGGUUGUAAAGAUUUACAUAACAGUUUUUUCGAUGGUUUUGUGUUUGGGUGUACCGAUGUGGUGGCAUUUACAAAACGUGUUACGGUAAUGAAGGUAUGUUUGACAGCUGAAUUUAUUUGCUGCAAAGAAAUACUGUAGUUACCUCAUACAAACGAACGCUUUGAUAUUGUGAUACAUUCCCUUUUACAGAUAAACAUCCCACCUGGGUUGAAGACCCAGUGAAUCUUGAUAAUCAAGUAAUUCAUAGAGAUAAGUUCAUGGGGGGAGGGGAGGGGGAUUAACACAGAAAUUUGAACUAAAGAUAAAUCUACACUAGCGUCUCACUGGCUUAACAGGCAGUUUAACCACAAAGUAACGUGCACGUUAAGAAGUCCCUUUAGUUGCACCCUUGUGUACAUCGUUCAUACUUUACAAUGUAGGGGAGAAAC